AUGAAAAAAAUUUUUACUUUUUUGAUUCUUUAUAUUAUUGGCCAUUUAACAAAAGUAUAUAAUAGAUUAUUAUGUUUUAAAAAAAUAAACUUUUUUAUUAAAAAAUCUUACAGAAACAGAACUACAUUAAAUAAAAGUAAAAAAUAUAUUAGCUAUGUUUCAAAGAAUACAGAUAAAAACAUUAAUAUAUAUAAUAUCAAAAGAAGAAAUAAUGAAGAAUAUAACCGCUAUUUUUCUAAUAUUUUAAAAAAUAGUAAUAUAAAAAAGUAUUUAAGUAUAUAUAAAUUAAUUAAGCCAUUUAACUUAUCAAAAAUAAAAAUAUUUACUUCAUAUAUACAAAUCAUAUAUAUAUAUAUAAAAUCAUUUUUAAAUUUUAAAGUGAAAAAUGAAUAUAAUAAAAAUAUAAUUUCACAAAAAUGUAACAAAAAUAGGUCAUUUCUAAUAAGCAAUAUUCUUAAAAUAAUAAGUAAAAAGAAUAAUGAACUGGUAAAUAUUUUUAGAUAUGGCUUUUUUAAAAAGGAUUAUAUUAUUUUAAACUAUGAAUUACUCAUUGAAAUACUAAGAAGAGAUAUAACGAAAUUAAGUGUGUAUAUUAAUUAUUUUAUUUUCUUAUAUAAUAUUGAUGAAAUAGAUAAAAUUUAUAACAACUCAAUAAUUAAAUAUCUUUAUUUAUUUAAAAAAAAUAGACAAAAACAAUAUAUAGAAAAUUUUAAUAAAGCAAAUUACUCCAAUUCUUUUAUUCUGAUUUAUCCACCACCUAAUUUGUCAGGAAAAUUACAUGCAGGACAUUUUUUUAAUUUUAUUUAUCAAAAUAUUUUUUUUCUUUAUAAUAAACAUAUUUUAUCAAAAUAUUCUAUCCCUUUUUUUGGUUCUGAUCAUGGAGGUUUAAGUGCUCAUGAAAUGUUUUCCAAAAAAUUUGAAAAAAAAAAUUUAAAUAAAGAAGAGUAUUUAGUUGAAAUAAAAAAAUGGCAAAUCAAUUUAAAAAAAAAUAUAUUAGAAAUUAUGAAAAAAAUGAAUAUUCUUGUUGAUGAGAAAAAAUUUUAUAACACAAUGGAUGAGCCAAUGAAAAAUAUCGUCGAUAAAUCAUUUUAUAUUUUAUAUAAAAAUAAUUUGAUAGAAAGCAAAUUUUAUCCUGUUUAUUAUUGCGAAGAAUUAAAUACUAUCAUUCCAAAUUUUGAUUUAAUAUUUAAAAAAGAACAAAAAGAUACAUUUCAAUUGAAAUUAUAUUUAAUAGAAAAAAAAAGCAUAAAUAAAUCAAAUGAAAAUAAGGAUACUGAUGGUUACUAUAGGAAUCAUGAUGAACAUGAGAAUAUUAAUAGUAAUAUUAAAGAAUAUAUGUAUACUGAAAAUAGAAAAGAAAAUAUUAGAACAUAUUAUGAUAAGGAAAAUGAAAAUUAUUAUAUUAAAGAAAACAAAAACUCAAUCGAUGUAAAAUUUUUCCAUAAGAAAAAAUUUCAUUUUGAAUAUUUGAAUGAAGAGGAAAUUAAUUCAAUUAAUAAAUUACAUUAUAUUAAUAUAGAAUUGGAAAAUCUUGAAAAUUUAAAUAAAUUAAUAGCUAUUUUAUAUUUGUCGAAGAAAGAAAAAUUUCAAAAUAAAUAUGUUUUAUUGCCAUUUUCAAAUAAAGCAAUACCUUUAAUUUUUCAUAAAAAAAAAAUUUUUUAUUCCUCAUUAAUUAAUAAUGAGGAUGAAGAAGAGACAGAUAUAUUUAUACCUGUAUUUUCACUAAAAAAUGAGAACAUGUAUGAUUUCAAAAAUAAAGAGCAUUAUACUUUUACAAAUAAAAACUACGAAAAGAAAGUAAAUACUUUGAAUACAGAAAAUAAAAAUAGCAUUUUUCAUAAAUUAGAAAAAAAUAAUUUAAUAAAAAUAGUGAAUCAGAAAAAUAGUACUAUGAAAAACGCUUACUAUAAAAAUUAUAAAUGUAUAUUAACAUUAUCAGAGCAAUGGAGUAUAAGAUAUCAUGAAUUAAAAAAAUUAUUUUAUGAAAGUUGUAAUAAAGAUUUUACUAUAAUACCUUCAAAAUUUAAAGAUUGUUUUUUUGACAAUUCAAUAAAUAAUCAUGAAUGGUUUUUAAGUAGACAGAUUUAUUUUGGUCAUCAUAUUCCUUUAUUUAAAUAUGAUAAUUUUGAAACAAAGAAAAAGGAUUUAACAUAUAAAAAUUUUUCUUGUUUUGUAUAUGGAAAAAAUGUAAAUGAAGCCUAUGAAAAUUUAAUUAAUUCUAAUUAUUUUGAAAACGAUAAAUUAAAGAAAGAAUUCCUAAAAAAAGAAGAAGAUGUUCUAGAUAGCUGGUUUUCCUCUUCUUUGUACUUUUUAUAUUGCUUGUAUCAAAAUAAAAUUGAUUUAUAUAAAUUAUUGCAAAUAAAGAAUUUUUUAGUUGAUUUUAUUUACACUGGUAAAGAUAUAAUGUAUCCAUGGAUAAUAAGAAGUUUUGUUCUUUUGAAUUAUUUUAUAAAAAAUGAUUAUAUAAAGGAUAUAUUAUAUUCUGAAAAAGAGAAUGAUAAUAAUAUCCUUAGCGGUAGUAUGAAGAAUAUUAAUAAUAAUAUGAAUAAUGCCAAUAGUAAAAUGGAUAAAACUAAUGAUAAUAUUAAUAAUACUAAUAAUGAUAUGAGCAGUAAUAACAAAAAAUAUUUAUAUGAUAAAAAAAUGAAAUAUUUAGAAAAAAGUUAUUUAGCUAAUACUGUAAAAUUUCAUGGAAUUUUAAAAGAUAAUACAGGAAAAAAAAUUAGCAAAAGUGAAAAAAAUUCCACAUAUUACGAUAAAUGUUUAGAAAAUGCAAAUAUUGAUUCUAUAAGAUUAUCUUUUAGUUUUCUUCAAAAAAGCACAGAAGAUAUUAUUUUUUCAGAAAAUUUUAUUCGUAAGAGUAAUAAAUUUAUUAGAAAAAUUUGGAAUAUUGGAAAUUUUAUAAAAAAAAAUUGUUCUUUUAAGUCAUAUAUAGAAAUAAAUAAUUAUCUAUUAAGUGAUAAUCAAAAAAUUCAUGAUUUUUUAAAAAAAACAGUUCAAAAAAUAUCAGAUAUUGGCAUAUUUGAAAAAUAUUGUGAUACUAUAAAGUCAAUAAUAUGUGAAAUGAAAUGUUAUAAUAUAUCCAAAAGUAUUAAUUUAAUUCAUAUUUUUGUAAUGAAUUUUUUCUCCAAAUUUUAUUUAAAUUAUUAUUUAUAUGAUUAUAAUAAUAAAAAAAUAAAAAAUUUUUUAAUAUUCUAUAUUUUUAAAGGAAUACUAAAAAUUCUCUAUCCAUUUAUUCCUCAUAUAACAGAAAUUUUGUUUAUUCAACUUUAUUUAAGAUAUGAAUCAAAUAUAUAUACUCCAUUUAAUUCGCUAUCUUGUAAUUAUAAUUUUUUUAAAAAUGAAAACUUUUCGUUAAAAGAAAAUCUUGAGGAAAGAUAUUUUAUUGCCUUUGAACAAAUUUAUAGUUAUCUUCGCAAGUAUAAAAAGAAUGCAUAUUCUGAUAAAAUAAUAAAUAUUUAUUUGAAAAAACAUCAAGGAAUCUUUUUAAUUAAUUAUUUUAAAAAUGAAGAAAUCAUAUUUAAAAAAGCUUUUAACUUAAAUGUUUCUUUUAAAAUUUUUGAUAAAAAUACGUUAAAUGAUCAAGAGGAUGUAAAUAACAAUCAAUCAAAAAAAAUGCUAUAUUGUAAUGAAUAUUUUGUAAUUUUGUCAUAA